CGUCCCUGCCCCCAGGCGUUUGGGUCGCUGGCCACCGGGAGCCUAGAGUUUCCAGCUGCCUCCUGGGUCUCGGCAGUGGUGGUGCUCCGGGCCUGCCCGGGAGGCGGGGGGACAACCACGACUGACGGGCCAUGGCUGCAGGCGCCGAGUCCUCCGCCGUCGUCGGCCUCGCUGAGUCGCCGACUUCUGUGCCAGGGAUCCCCACCUCCUCCGCAGGCUAAACCGACGCGGCGGCCGCGGGCAGCCGGAGCUGCUAUGCGCGCUCUGGGCCGCCUCCCUCGCCCGCCGGCCCGCGCGGACGCCCUUCGCCUGCGCCGAGCUGCCUCAGUGUCCCACUGGAAAAGAACUUAAAUUGAACAAAACCUUACUAAGUGUGGAGUUCCUUUUUAAAAGAAGUGAUUGUUGAGAUUAUGGAUCGGAGCAAGCGGAACUCAAUUGCAGGAUUUCCACCACGUGUGGAGCGUCUUGAAGAAUUUGAAGGAGGUGGUGGAGGAGAUGGGAACAUGAUCCAGGUGGGAAGAGUUUGGCCAUCUUCAUAUCGAGCUCUUAUUAGUGCCUUUUCCAGACUGACACGUUUGGAUGAUUUCACCUGUGAAAAAAUAGGGUCUGGCUUCUUCUCUGAAGUGUUCAAGGUGCGACACCGAGCCUCCGGUCAGGUGAUGGCUCUCAAGAUGAACACACUGAGCAGUAACCGAGCAAACAUGCUGAAAGAAGUGCAGCUCAUGAACAGACUCUCCCAUCCCAACAUUCUUAGGUUCAUGGGUGUGUGUGUACAUCAAGGACAAUUGCAUGCACUUACAGAG